CAGUCCGACCAGCAGUACCUUCGACCGGCGAACCCUUUCAGAGGCAGGACUGCCUGUGGUUUCGUCACAAUUCUGUUGCAGGAUUAGAGUUGCCCACGGCUUUGGUUGGUUGCAGCCACCUACCCACGGCCUUAAUGCCACUUUCUUCCCCUUCCACAGCACAGAACCGACCAAAUAGAACAGACGAUAAUUACCAUCACCAGUUUCCCGUCCUUCCCCCAACAGUCUCAGAUCUACUUUCGUUCCUCAAGGCUCUGGGCAAAUCGCAAGCGAUUUGCGUCUCCUGUGGUCGCUAGGUUACAGAGUCACGUGGGCGAAACCGCACGGAGGCCUCCCUGAAUCUCGUCUUUCCCGCUUUCUGCCCCUCUCGUUCAGUCAACGUCGCUCGCUCGAAGGCGUCAGCGACGCCCAACUCUUCUUCCUUCCUCUCCGAGAGGUCGAAGUUAUGUCUUUGCGACCCCAGGUUGAUGGCGAUGGUGAUGACGAUGGCGUGUUUAUUGUUGUAGCCUAUGCCGAUCUCCCAGAUCCUCCCAUGACCCUCGACGAAAAAAGCGAGCGGAUGACGGCAGCCCAUCGACUAAUCCAGGCCAAGUACGACGCGGGGAUCCUUUUUUUCACCAAAGAUUCGUUUCGCGACGUGGUACGGCAAUUCGAAAGCGACGGAAACCUUGAUCGCCUGGUUUCCGUGACCGGCCUCGACGGUGUCGCUGUCCACUUUCCGCUCGAGAUUGGGAGGGAGUAUCUGACUCCUAUGUAUGAGGAUGACUACGUCUGUAUCAUGACGAAACCACGCCUUGUAUAUCAUCCUAUAGAGCGUCUUCUCGCCGCCCCAGGUGUGUCCUCCUACUCAGUACGCCGUUCCUGUCUGCCAAUCGAGGUCGCCCAUUCAACCGAGAUACGGGACGCGCGAACCAAUGAGCUCGUAGGCCUCUGGCCAACUUCAGACUACGCGGCUGUGAAACAGAGGUUUGAGCGGGCAACGCGGUCCCUGGCCUCUAGCAAAGAGUUCGUACAUCUCAAGUCCACACUCGCCUCUGUUGCCAUUCCACCUGGCAUUGACAAGAUUGUCGCCUUUGCAUGCUCUACCAUGAGCUGGGCCGGCAACGACAUCACGCGCAGCAUGGCCCAGCACGCCCUGGCCCUGGCAGUCCGAGAUUUCUUGGCAAAUAGCGAUAUGACGGGCGCCGACGGCGAGGAUGUUGGCGGGAUCAAAUGCUAUGCUCAGGACCCCAUCUAUACGCCAGUCGACGAGCGGGUCCUAUCCGAAGCUGGCUUCACCGUUGUCGAUGACCCGAGAGCCUUCCUCGAAGUGGACGAAGCAAGCGUUAUCAUUGCCAUGAACCCCGACAUUCCAGUGAGGCAGAUUAUAGCGGAUCUUGCCCGGCCCGCGAUCAUGAUCUGGAACAAGGUCACUGUGGAUGACAGAAACAUGGCGGUAACCGACCCUGUAUCGUUGCGUGUGGAACGGAUGGUUGAGGAAUAUAUAGAGUUGCCAUUCCCAGCUGAGGACGAGUUCUUUGGCCGUAAUUUGGCUAUAUAUAUCCGAAGGAGAGGUGAAAAGAAGAACGAGACGGGAUAGGCACGGGCCAGGCUGGGGGGUGAGCGUUCCAGAUAGUCGUUGUAGAUCGUCACUGAAAAGCGUGGAUUGCCACUGACAUAUGGGAAAGCAAACGACGCCGACCACGUGUACGCCCCCCGACGUAUCCCCACGACGCCUAGGGCGUCCGAUUACGUGCAGAGUGGGCUAAACACAUUUGUCUUUUUCCCUCAAAUGGGAUAGGUUGUGUACAGGGGUGGGAAAUU